AUGUCUGGCCGUGGAAAAGGUGGCAAGGGUCUCGGAAAGGGCGGUGCCAAGCGUCAUCGCAAGAUUCUUCGUGACAACAUUCAGGGUAUAACAAAGCCUGCUAUCCGUCGUCUUGCCCGUCGUGGUGGUGUCAAGCGUAUCUCUGGUCUCAUCUACGAGGAGACCCGUGGUGUCCUGAAGAUCUUCCUUGAAAACGUCAUUCGUGACUCGGUAACAUACACUGAGCAUGCAAAGCGGAAAACUGUCACUGCACUUGAUGUGGUUUACGCUCUGAAGCGGUCAGGGCGUACUCUGUAUGGUUUCGGAGCAUGA